AGCGCCCUGAGGCCGCCGCCGUCCGAGGCAUUAGAGGGGGCCCCGCUUUAACGCCUCCGUGGCACCGCGCGGGGUGAGAAUGGCGAACCAACUGGUGGUUCUCAACGUCUACGACAUGUACUGGAUGAAUGAAUACACUUCGUCUCUUGGAAUUGGAGUAUUCCAUUCAGGAAUAGAGAUAUAUGGCAGAGAAUUUGCUUAUGGUGGCCAUCCAUACCCAUUUUCUGGAAUAUUUGAAAUUUCUCCAGGAAAUGCAUCUGAAUUAGGAGAAACAUUUAAAUUUAAAGAAGCAGUUGUUCUAGGAAGCACUGACUUCAUGGAGGAGGAUAUAGAAAAAAUUGUAGAAGAACUUGGAAAAGAAUUUAAAGGAAAUGCUUAUCACUUAAUGCACAAAAACUGCAAUCACUUUUCUUCAGCUUUAUCAGAGAUUCUCUGUGGAAAAGAAAUUCCUCGUUGGGUGAAUCGCCUUGCCUAUUUCAGUUCCUGUAUCCCCUUUCUCCAAAGUUGCCUACCAAAAGAAUGGCUUACACCUGCAGCCCUUCAGUCUAGUGUAAGCCAAGAGCUUCAGGAAGAACUGGAAGAAGCAGAAGAUGCUGCAGCAUCAGCUUCCCUGCCAAGUUCAACAUCAGGGGCAAGAACUGGACAUCAUGCUAAAAUAUAGGUUUAGGCCAAAAUAUUGCUACAUUGAUCUCUUUGGAAACUUUGUUAGUAACUGACUCCAUUAAGAACUUCAAAUGGACAUAUGAGUUUGUCUUUGGUAUGCAAUUGGUUCUCCAGCUCAAGCUCAUGGUAUUCUGCUCAGGAUUUUAUAUGUAGUGGAAACGGUUUCUGGGAGAAAUGGGGAGAACCUAAGUGGAGUUGCUACCUUCAUUUUCAUCUCAUCAACAGAUUUAGACUAACUGAGCAGAAGUUAAAACUGUUUGUUUACAGUAUUGUGUGCUGCUGUUUACAAGUCCCACAGGGACACCUGCCAUUGAAAGUUGAAAUAUUAAUCUGCUCAGUUAGCUCUGCAUAACUUCAUCAGCAUCAGUCAAAAUAUACUCCUGGUCUGCUCUCCUUGACACCAUCUUGGAAUUAGGUAGAUUGGAAUAUUUCACUUCCAACUGUUGCUGAUACUGACAUAGAGAAUUUAUUGAAUACUAUAUGUAAACAGGGUACAUAAUGAUCAAUACAAAGAAAUCUGUCUUGGAAAGAAAGGAAGUUAUCGUAGUAUGUAACUGAGAAUAUCUGUUCUGAAAAAUAUGACUUCUAAGUUUUUAUCCACUUACAAAGAGCAAAUUAAUAUUUUAUUACAAAUUCAGGAGCAUUCUCUCUGGUGCCAGAUCUUGAAUAUUUUUUGUCCCUGAUUUAACUGACUUGAAGAUGUGAAAAAUCUUUUUGGACAUCAACAGGGUUUUUAUUUGUGCGUUUGUUUUAUUAAGAUCAGAUAACGGUGCCUGUUUUACAUCAUACAUCAUUGAAACCAGAAAUUGUAGAGUUAAUGUGGAUGGCAUACAGAAAUAAUUAUAGUUACUUUUAGACAAGAUAAUUUAGACUGAGAAGGUUGUUUGGCUAAUGUUUGAAUUCCCUUUGGCCUUGUAAAUUCUGUAGCCAGUACAAGAUGUAAUCUGCUGUUCAGUAGAAGGACCCUUUACUAGGACCAGUAAGAGAAAUGGCAACUAUGAUAUUAUUAGUUUGUUCAACAGCUGGAUUCAAUAUCCACAAGAAAAGCAAAGCAUUUCUCCAGCUCACUGUGUUCUUAGUAGAACUAAAGAGUGUAGGUUACUCAUAUGUCUCUUUAGUUGCCACUGUUUCUUCAAUUAUGUUACACUGAUAGCAAUACAUAUGAUGUGAACUGUAGAAGAUCAACCACAGUUACCAAGCAGCCAGUGGAAUGCCAUGUAUUUAGUGUCCUCUUCCUAAUUGCUAGCAAGUCUCAUUGGAAGAGAGGGAUUUAGUAGUACUGGCAAACUGAAAUUGGAUUAAGAAUGUUUUAUUAUAUAUGCCUUAAGGUUCUUCCAGCUGAAUGGAAUGUGGCCAAUGAGAAAUUAUGUAUAAACCAUUAUGUAUAAACCAAGGUCUUACUGAGCUCUGCACUGGUGAAGAACAUAUAAAUAACUCUUCCAUGUGUUAUUUAUAUGCAGGGUUUGCUGACUAAAAUUGACAGAUUAGAAUGCGCACAUCCCUUCAGCUAAAUUGUCAAUUAUUUUAGUGCAUAUUUUGGACAAGCCUCAAGAAGUUAGGGCAGGUUAAUUUUUUCAUAAAUCAACUUUAUGCUUUGGCAUGCUAAUUUACAAAAGUAAUCUCACUGAAUACAGCAAAAAUGCUAUUGUUUUCAUCAAGAUGGCUUUAAUUGUUUUUCUAAACACUUAAGUUUCUCUUUAAAGUAGUUUUAUACUCUUCUUCACUGGAGACAUAAAUUAUUGCAAACAAUACUCAGGUAAGUAACAUCAUCCUGUUAAAAAUCAGCAAUAAUUCUCCAAAUUGUUAAGUAUUUGAGUGUCCCUUAUUUUGCCCAGUCUCUUUAGCAGGAAACUAAAAUAUCUUAACAGUGCCAUUAUGUUUUUAUUCGUAGCCAGCACAACCUAUUUCAGAUGCAAGUUCAAAAAACUCUCCCAGUAUUUUGCUCUACAUUCUUUGUUCUUUAACUUACUUUCUGAAUUGUGAUUCCCUUUUUUAUGAUUGCUGAAUCAUACAAGUGAAGACAUUUCCUAGUAAAAUGAAAAGGAGUGGCUUCUCUGUGCUACAGCUGAACUGGGAAUUGGAUUUUGCAUGUUGAGUCUGAAUAUGCACAUAGCAUUCUUCAGUAAGAAACUGUCCCCUCUGUUUUCACUGGAUGGGGCAGUGUGAUGCAUGUAUUUCUUGGCACACAGGAAGUUAUCACCUUCAUUGAAGCCUUUUUGAGUGCUGUUCUGUCCACAAAGAAUUGCUGGACUAGGAUGAUUCUGCAGCUUGUCUUGAUUGUUUGGACAAAUGACAGGAACUAUGUUAAAUGUCAUCAAGUUUCUGUUAAACAAUAGUUUUUGUUCUGGUAACAGUCAUGCAGUGUGCAACACUUCUAUGCUUUUAUGUCUACAACUACAGUAUGUAAACAAUGUGAAGACAUGUGGCACAGUAAAAGCAUUUUUAAUAACUUAGCGCACAAUCAUGGGUACGUUUUGAAAGCAAAAAGUCCUACAAAUCCCAGCAUUCCCUAGCCAGCCUUGCUGGCUAAGGAAUGAGGGAAGUUGUAAGCCCUUUUCUGUCUAGACAUGCAUAGAAUUGCAUCCUUACUUGUGCAUUCUAGAUUGAUGGAAUUCUCAUUAUUCGUUUAAAGCCAUUUUAGUAAUAGAAGUUUCCUAAUGAACAAACCUAGUAUCUGAACCCUGAAGCUGAUAUGACUUCUAGAGAAGUUGUGGUAAUUUUCUAUCUUACCACAUGUGCUGCACUCAGUUUCCACUUGAUUCCUGCCAAAGUCUGCUCUCAUAGCAAUAGUUUAAGCUGCCUUUUCACCAGCAUUAUUACUCACCAGGGAGUACAAUGCCAGCCAGUAGCUACAGUGCACAUUAAAAACCUGUGCACUGUUCUCAGCUAGGAAGAUACGGAACACUGUGGAGUUUUUCCAACAAAAACAAAAAACGGGUAGAAGAAAUACAUUCAGGGUUCUCUGAUCUGUCCAAUUUGUAAUACUUAUUCUUCUGUUAAGAUAGUUAUUGUGCUUUGCUGUUUUGUUUUACUAAAACCAUUUUGAAUAAGAUGGUAUACAUAUUCAGAAAGCCAAAAACAAAUGCUGUGUUCUGCUUGUGUGUACCAUAAACUGGCUUUGAUAUAAGAAUGCAGUGCAUUUCCUUUGGAAAACAUGCAAUACAAUUUUAAUCACAACUGUUAGAAAAUGUUUGCUUUUAGGUGGUUAAGGACAGAAUUUUCACUGACACACUUUUUUGUAAACUAAGGAUGAGUUUACUGUAAAACAUGGUUAUUUGUACAAAAAAGCAAGCGCAUUUUGACUUUUGUUACUUUAACAUGUCAAACUUGAAUCCAUCCAUUUAUUAAAGAUAAUUUUUAUACAA